AGAACGAGGCUAAUUGGGCGAUAAUUAAAUUCGUUUUCAUGGCGGGACGAAAUCGGUCAAGUCGUGAUCUUUGGCAGUUUAUUGCAAAUACUACUGUCCAAAGACCAGAGGUGUUGAUUAGUACAGAGAUCAAAGAUCACCAUGAAAAGAUACUAAAGGGUCUGUCAUCAUAUCAGAAACCAAACAAAGCUUCGGAGGACAAACUAAAGACAGAGAAACAUGUGAAAGGAGACAGAUUUGAGUUCUUGAAGAAAUUGAGCAGAUUUAUAAACUUGAAUGAAGUACAGUGCCAUGAUUUAUUUAACCAGUACCUUCUGAGAGAAUACACAGGAUCACACUCAAACCUUCAGACUGUGCUAUCAGAUGACCGUCGUGUGCAAGGUCUCUUGUUGAAAGUGAGGGAUUUCUACCAUACUGACAGACUUUACUUGCUAUGGUGUCUUAAAUCCAUAUUAUGUAACUGGCAAGAUGAGGACCAUCCUUACAGGGUGCAAUAUUUUGAGUUUGUAGAAAAGGCCAAUUUGAGGGAUGAACUGAUCAACAGUAUUCUUCAGCAGUAUGACAAUAUCACUGCCCAACAGGCCCCAACAUGGGAAUCACAUGGACAGCUGAUGACUGAGGUUCAAGUGGAAACCUGGAUUAUGCAGAACUUAAGAGAGCAGUUAGAAGUGCUGAACCUGGUGCUAUUGUUUUACAAAGAUUUUGAACAUCCCCCAGACAAAGUAUAUGAUCUCUUGAUGAAAUUCAAGAGGCAGGGCUUUGGAAAGAGACAACACUACCGUAAUCUGCUAAAUGAGCGCACAGAAUCGUUGACCAAGAGAAUCGGUCAUGCUCAGAUACUGAUCAUUAUCCAAAGUGUGGAUUUGGAGUACCUGAGUCGCAGCUCAGCAAAUGAUCCUCACUCACAACCUCUCUUACAACAGCAUCCAAAGUUUAAGAGCCUUGACCAGCUGUUCUGUUCACUUGGGGAUUACCCCCAACAUGGCCCUCUUCUCAUCACGUGGUCCAUAGUGAGGCAGUUGCUAUCACAUGGCGGAGCAGCGGGGACCAGGAAACUAGGAAAUACAGCCCUUCAACUUGGAGUAUUUGAUUACAUGCUAGAACUUGUCACAUCUGAGCCCUUCAAUGGAAAUACAAUGAUAGCCCAUGUCUCGCAAACAGUGCUAUAUGGUCUGCUUUCUGUCCUGCUGACGUUAUUCCAUGAAGAUACUCUUGGAGACACUACUGCCCUCUAUCAACUGGUUUCGAAACUUCUCAGUCAUCCCCUUAUUGCUGCUGACAUGUGGGACAAGGGUUUUGAUGAGGGAGUAGGUACUCUAGUUGGAUCAGCUUUAAGUAAGUUCCCUCUAGACUUUGAGGGCUUGGUGCAUCUUAUGAUUCCACUUGCAAAAGCCAGUAAACCCAGCUCCAGAAGGGUAUGUAAACUGCUGUCCCAGAUGAGAACCUACACAGAGUUUCUAGAUCAAAACAGAGCUGCAGACAUUGAGCAGACAAGACAGGAAUCUGUGUGGAUGCUGGUACAAGAGAAACUACCAUAUAAUUCAGGUCACUUUGUGAUCCCAAGACGAACAUGUGGACAAUUAUUUCCCCAACCUGGUCCUGGCAGUCCUCUGAUACAGUGGGAGGUGGACUAUAGUGCCUGGGACCUUUUCUACUGUGAAGUGAAUCUACUUUUAGAACAGAUAUCACAUGGCACUGGGAUGGUAUCCAGGGAGACAGUUGCUAAGGUAACCUCAAUAGCUGAUCUUGCUUCUGAAGUGAUGAAACAUGACAUUGACAUUAGUGACCAGGUUAAACAUCUCAGCAAACAAUUCUUUGAUGUGGUUCAGAGGUUUAUAGUAGCUGCGACACCGCCCCUUGACCUGCUGUCCAGCUGUAUUAAGUCCAUCACAUGUCUGCUAGCUGAUAACCCCUUGGAUACGUGGCACCAGAUGAAACAAACAGGAAUUCUUCCAUUUUUGACUGAAAACUUUACAGAUCUUUUGGAGGCAACAAGUGGAAAUGGUCUGAAUGCAGGACCAUAUGGCACCAUCCUUGCAGGGUUUGAAUGUACCCAGGGCCACUAUGCUGUUACACUGUCAUUGCUGGACUUCAUGACACACAUAAUUCAGCCACUGUAUAAGGCUAGAAGAGAGACUGAAAUGAUGGCUUGCUUGGUCUUUCUAACCAGAGAUAUAUUUCCAUCUUUCCAUAAAUGGCGAUACUUUGAUAUCACUAGUCGAGAACAGAUAGGUCAGAAAUGUUUGGAACUGUUUCACAAAAUUCUCAAUACACUUGGAUCAGACUCACAGAACACAGCGAGAAGUACAGACUUGUCUCUACGAGAUGUUUGCGUGUACAGUCUGUUGUAUACAGAGGCAGGCCGCACCCUCCUGGAGAUUAUAUCAACUGGGGUGGACACUAUAGAGGUUGCCAUUGGUUACCAAGGAAGUUUAACUGAAGGGGGAGGAGUGGAACUGAUACAUAUGAUUCGAUUGGCUCUCUCUGUAUUGAACCGCCUUCUUCUUCUUCGCCCUGCCCACCUGUCAAUCUCUCCAGUAGAACACGCCUUGUCUUCCCAGCCAGCCAAUCGCAGUCACAGACAUGUUGUGGCUACUAUAGCCCAGUAUAUAUACCAUUAUCAUGAUCAGAGGUUACCAAGACUUUCCACUCUACUGCUCAAAAGAUUAGCUAUGGUAUCUCCUAUGUCCAUAAUGGCAUGUUUGGGUAAUGACUCAGAGGCUAUCAGAGACAUCUAUCUUGCACGCUUACAGAGUUUCACGGAGCAACCUAGACUAAAGGUGGUUAUCCUAGAGCUACUGUCUGAAUGUGUCGAUACCCAGCCAGGGUUGAUAGAGCUCUUCAUCAAUGUGUGCCCAGCACCUCCUGAUGCUAACCCAGUGGCUGGCACCAGCGCCAGUGUGGAUACAACACCCCCUGGCUUACAGUUAGGCAGGACCAGUUGCCUACAAGCAAUAUUGGAUAUGUUUGAGGAAAGAAAACAGUUGACCCACUACUGCCCAUCUGAGCUACUGUGUGCCUCAUUAGAGUUCUUACAUGCCCUGUGGAAUGGUAGGAGAGAGACGGCCAUGGCUGUUCUGAGAGAAAAAGAAACAUUCUGGAGAUGUGUCUGUGUGUCAAUCAUGCGUGACCUCCGACCUCUAAAGGACAACGCUGGACUACCUCUAUUGGAGCUAAAGACUUGUGGAUUUAUAUUAAGAAUAUUAGCAAUGGAACUCUAUGUCACACCUGAAGCUAAACUGGACAAGAACCUGAAGAAAGUCCUAGAAGAUAUCUCUAGUCAGAAGAGGCUCCUCUAUUGGUCAAAGUACCUAAGAGAUGUCCUCCAAAACACCCAGCAGGAUGAUGAUGUCAUAGACACCCUAUUAGCGGAGCAUCCUGUUGUUAUAUUCCUCAACUCUUGGCGAUCUCUGUUGAUUAUCCUUGCGUCACAUUCGUCUCAACCUCUACAGAUAGAUGGAGCAACUAAAUGUCAGAUAAUGGGCCAUCUAUUGGAGGGAAUGAAAUCUCAAUUUGCCAGCUCUGUGAGUAUGGUAGGAAUGAAUCUGGCUUCUGUGUCAAGCGCCCUCUAUCUUACUCUCUUGAAGAAUUGGAUAAGGCAUAUUAAAGACUGGGAAGGGACUAUUAAAGAUUUAGAGGAGCUGCUAGGCUUGAGUUGUUCCAACAGUGAGGUCUUGAUCCCUCCUGUACAGAUAGGUGUCCUUGGUGCUUUGCUACACAUAGUACAGUACAUCAAAAAACAUAACAUAGGUUGCCAGCCAUCAGUUUUGUCUAACCUGGUAGGGGUUGUAUGUGAUGUACUGGCCCAGAGCACCUACCAACUAGUGCCUCCCAACCCAACAAUGGGAAAAGAUGACAACAAUGCCAUCGAGCUCAAACUUAAGUUACAAAUCUCAUGUACAUGUCUAUUGGAAGAACUGAUCAUGUUACUUGGGGGACCAGAGUCAUGGCUACCUUCAUUACAACAGCAUGCCAUUCUACCAAGUCUACUGAACUCUCUAGAAACAUGGCUUAAUGUGAAGCAAGGACUGAAGUACGUGCAGGCAGUUCUGAUGUUAUUCCUUACUCUUUCCAAACACCAGUUAUCUGCUGAGGCCCUGGCAGUGAAUGGGUUAACACAACACACAUGUUUACCCUUACAAGGAGCCUACAGUGAAGACCCCUUGAAAAAUAUACAGGCUAAAAAUGUACAGGAAAAAUGUGAACUAGCAUCUGAAAGUCCAACAUGGUCAUCAAUAUAUUGCCUAGCAACACAAUUGACAAUGUCCAUGCUGUCUCAGCUGCGCCAUUCAUUCCUUCAGGAUGCUCUCAACUAUGUUGGUGUUCACCAGGAAAGAAUGCACAAGUCUUUAGAGCGGGUGAAGCAAGUGUCUAAUGCUAGUGUUCUACAAGAAGCUGAGGUGACAUGCUACUUUAUAGCUGAAUUAGCGCAUUACUCUCGACAGUGGAGAUUGCAACUUCCCCAGGUGCUCAACACAUUACUGACAAGCAUGUGUUACUUGAUGCAGACCUGCGUCUCAUUUCUAAUCCGGCCAAAGUUUCUGCAGCAUGUUCUAGAGUUUCAACGUCAUAGUUUGGAGGAGAAGUCAACAAAGACACAUCGACCAAUAGAACAAAUGUUGACCCCAGUACGUCAUCUGCAACAACAGACCUCAACUGAUGAUGUAGACAAACCUCCACAACAUUUAGUAGACCAGCAGACAAGACUUCUGAAGAUACUUUGUGGAUGUUUAACUGGCUUGAGGCAGUUCACUCCUAAUCUAUGCGAGAUCCUGUUUGACCAGAGUAUGGAUUUGAGUGAAUACGAUCCUUUCCUAGGAAUAGGAUUCAGUACGCCAUCUAUUGACAAUGACACUCCACCAACAUUUGGCACCCUUGUCUCAGGAAUAAAUGUCUGCGUCAGAUUUUUACAAAAGUUAGAGCCAAGGCUUGGCUCCCCAGUUAAGUCUCCAGCAUCAUUAACAGAGCCUAUAAGUAUUCCAAAGCCUAUAGUAAUGUUUGUGUUGGAGAACUCAUUGGUAUUAAUGAUGUCCCAGGCCUGUAGAUACCUCAAAGAACCUCACUUAUCACCCAGAGACAAACAGUUACUCAAAAGAGAGUUAGGGGCUGAAUUGAAUUCAUUCCUGACUAGCCUACAGAGACAUUUACGACGUAGUGGCCCUGUGUCACCAGGGGGCACUGUACUAGCUAGCCCAACACCAGGUGGGGCUACUCUAGGACGUUCACUAUCGCAGACAACAGUUGCUACCACACAGGACCAAGACUAUUUUAAACUAGUGGAUAUUUUCCUGAAACAAGUUUUGAGAUGAUUGGAUGUAUGGUAUUCUAACUCCACUCAUACAACCAGCUAAUGAAUAUCAAUGGUAUUAUUGAAAUACUUUGAAAUGUUGUGGUUUUUAAUGGAAAUGUCAGUGUAAUGAACAAGAAUAAUAUAAAUAAAUUUAAACUGGAAAUGAAAUAAUUCAUCCGUCUAGUAGAUAACUGUAUGUUGCCAUUUCAAUGAAACAACAUAACUGCAUUAAACUAACAAAGUGAAUAUGUACAGACAAUAAAACGUGCAGGUUUGAAAGUACUUCUAUAUGUUUAUGGUACGAUGAACGAUUGUAGUUAUUUUUGUACAAGAAGAAUA